UUCCCCUCACCAAACGCCAAGAUUCCACCCUCUAAAACAAACGAACUCAGAAUAUUCUUGAUUCCCUCCCGCCAGCCUUGAAUGGCCACCGCCGCCACCACCAAAGCUGUCCGACGCCCCACCCUCCUCCUCCUCCGCCACGUCGUCCGCCACCUCACCUCCUCACCGUCCUCCCUCACCCUGGGCCAUGCCUUACCCGAACCCGACCCGGACGUCUCCCACCCCCACCACGCGCCUACUACUACUACCACUACUCCCCACGCGUCCCUAGCCCUGCAGCUGGACGAUCACCGGCAGCUAUUCGGCUCCGUCCCGGCUUCCAAGCUGCUCCACGCGUCCCUCGUCCUCCAGGUGGCCGCGUCGGAGCACCUCGUGGACCUCGGGACCCGGGCCAUGACGUCACGACUCAUGGACGUGGAGCCCUUCCGCCGGAUGGUGUACGGCGUGGUCCGUCGGACUUUCUACGAGCACUUCUGCGCCGGGGAGACCCCCUCGGCCGCGCGUGAGAGGGUCAGGGAGGUGAACCGCGCCGGGCUCCGUGCCAUGCUCGAUUUCGCGGUGGAGUACACGGCCGACAACGACGCGUGUGAUCGGAAUUUGGAGGGGUUUCUCGACACCGUGGAUUGCGCAGUCUCCCUUCCUCCGUCGUCGGUGAGCUUCGUGGUGGUCAAAAUCACAGCAAUCACCCCACUCUCCCUCCUCCAACGAAUCAGCGACCUCCUCCGCUGGCAACAACAACAACAAUCAAACCCAGGAUCAUCAUCAUUCCGCCUCCCAUGGCACAACCCAGAAACCUCCAUCCCAAUCUUCUCCAAAUCAACCCCGCUCUACCACACCUCCACCCAACCUCCCCACCUCACCCCACAAGAGCUCCAAGACCUCCACCUCGCCCGCACCCGCCUCCACAAACUCUGCCUCCGCUGCUCCCAAUCCGGCCUCCCCUUAAUGGUCGACGCCGAGGACACAAGGCUCCAACCCGCCAUCGACUUCAUGACCUACACCGCCGCGAUCGAGCACAACACGACCCACACCCCGGUGGUCUACAACACCAUCCAAGCCUACUUAAAAGACGCCAAGGAGCGGCUGGUCCUCGCCACGAGGUCCGCCGACGAGAUGGGAAUUGCAAUGGGGAUCAAGCUAGUCAGAGGAGCCUACAUGUCUAGCGAGAGGAAACUGGCAUCCGAGCUCGGAGUGGAGUCCCCUGUUCACGACACGAUCGGCGAGACUCAUGCUUGUUACGACGAUUGCGCCCGGUACAUGAUCGACCGGGUUGGUUCGGGUUCGGACGGGUUGGUUCUGGCCAGUCAUAAUGCGGAAUCGGGGAGGCUGGCUGCGAGGAAGGCGAGGGAGAUUGGGGUUGGGAAGUGGAAGGGGAGGCUGGAGUUUGCGCAGCUUUACGGGAUGGCAGAGUCGCUGUCGAUGGGGUUGAAGGACGCCGGGUUUCGGGUCAGCAAGUACAUGCCGUUCGGGCCGAUUGACGUUGUGAUGCCGUAUUUGAUCAGGAGGGCGGAGGAGAAUCGAGGGAUGCUGUCCACUUCCGCCCUUGACAGGGAGCUCAUGAGGAAGGAGUUGAAGAGACGAGUGAAAGCAGCAAUUCUCAGGACUUCGAAAGGCCAGGAGUGAAUGAUCAAACGAGAGGAUGAAUCCAAAUGUGUAUAUGAUGUGUUUGGUGUACUUUUUCUCGUUUAUGGUUCUGCUAUGUACAAGUACUGUUCUGUUUAGCUCUGCCGUGGUGGGUUAGGCAAUGUAAUUUAAGGAAAGGAAGUUGCCAAAUGUUACGCCAACCUCUCCUGUCAUCAUCAACGGCUCCUUUUGCACAUAUGUAGACGACAUACAAUGGAAGUGGAAUGUUGCUUGCGAUAAAGAGACUGUAACAUGUUCAGCACAAAAACAAGUUUAUCCGGUUGGGAAAGAAAUGAAAACGGUGUUAGUUGGGUGUGCAAUCAUAAUGAGGAAAUUUGUUACAUAACAAUGCAAACAUGGGAUUCAAGAUGGAAAUAUAAUCGAGUUGGAGAUUGCAAUCAAGAUGUACACAUUUG